CACGAGGCGUUUCAACUUUUAUCACAUCAACUGUCGGCACCUACCAAAUCACAACACACCAUCACGUCUGCACGGCGCGUUGCUCCCAAUAUCGAACGAUACUGACACCCGGGGAAUCACGAGUGCUAUGCAGUGCUGCACUAGAGAUCUCAUCCCAUUUCGUCCCCCGAUAAGGCAGUUUACUCCUUUAGCUCUGCCUACCGAUAAGGUUGAGUGGACGAAGUGCAGCUCCCAUGAGACUAGGAUGAAGGCGCCAAUGGCGUUUCAAUACUACAGCAUCUUUCUGAACCCCGGUGACCCGAGGACCCCAAGGUCUAGGUUUCCCAGCAUCCUUCCUUGCUCAAGGAGUGCAGAGGGCGGCCUCGCUCCAGCCAUAAGCUCGACUAUUGGAGCUCUAUGCAACCUCCCUUUAUUGAGCAUAAGACCUCACGGCUUGACUAUUUUUUUAAUGUUACAGUACCAUCUAGCUGGACAUCGAUGCAUACAGUUGCGCGGACCGAAGAGGCGGAUCUAGAAACUUGGACACACAGCUCGCACAACAGCUCUGUCUUCUACCUAUUUUGAUCGUGGACCCACCCGGAGGAGUUACACGUGCGACUGUAAAUCCUUCCUUUAAUCCGGCCUGGCACGGAUGAUCAGACAACAAUAAUGUCGUCGCGCAAUGCUCAUAUUGCACGAUACCUGUUCCCACCUCGAAGUAAGAAUGGCAGGGGAUAUUUAGGCGGUCUGGAUUCAUGCCCAGCCUU